CAGGCAGGCCGGCCAAGGUCAACCAGGGCCAGACAAGUGGGAGAGAAAAUGCCCUAGACUUACCUUCCAACAUUGCAGACAGUUCCCCAAAUCAUUUCCUCGCAAGAAGGUGCUCCCCACAGUUUGACCAGGGACUUCUGCCUUUCUACACUGGAUUCAAGACUUCACACACAAGGAGACCUGCUGCCGUACUUCUCUUCAGAGGAACCCUAACCGUGCCCCACGGCCCUCGGGGCUCACAGGCUCACACCAGAGCUGAGACUGGCGGACCCCGUCACGGUAAAAGCUUUUCUGGAGGAGUGUGGCUCUGGGCGGGAAGCCAACCCCGUGUGAUGUGGGAAAAUCAGCUCUCUGGGAUCCAAGAUGAAGGGGCUGAAGCAUCUCAAAAACACUUUGCGGAUCAGCGUCCACAAAGUACUUAGUAAAUACAAGAGAAGGUAGGGUUCCGGGGCUGCCUCCGUCCCGCUCCGUCCGGAAUGGUGAGGGAUUGUAUGUCGGUACACGUGGCAGCCUGGAGAAUGCGAGAGCCUGUAUGUGAACCGACAGAUCCGCUAGAUUAAAAGUUAAUAUAGAUGUAAACAGGUAUGAUAUAUAUUAUACACAUGUAUCUGUAUUACAUGAGUACACAUGUAUGUGUGUAUACACAUAUAUACACACGCAGGCACAUGUAAAGAUCCUGAGAAAUUGACGAGUCAAGAGAGGCAGCAGGUUGAUGGCAAAGCCGGGUCUAAAGUCCAGAUUUUUCAAUUACUUGUCAGGUAAUUUGCCCACUGGCCUCUGUGUAUGCAUCGUGUAAGUCACCAAAACCCUGGGAGAUUUGAUGAGAUUCAGGUUUAAUCAGUUCCAUGUGUGGUGUUUCCUUCCCCCACGGUCAUCAUCUCAUUAGAAAAAGCUGCAGGGUCUGGCGACAGCACGCUCCUUUCAAAUGGGGGCCCCAAGAAUUCACCCCUGCCUUUAAAUACUAACCCUACAUGUAAAUUUGCUGAAGGAGAGAAUCCUGAGAUCAUUUUUCAGAAGUGAUGACAGAAAUCCAUUGAAUGAAAGAAGCUAAAGGAGAGGAAAUGAUGCAGCUUGUCCUUCCACGGAGGACACUGCGGGCACUAGGCGAGGGGAAGAAGGCACUUCCGCAGCUCCAUCCCGGCUGUGUGCCCUAGGCAAGUGGUGGCUUUACCUUUUGGGGUCUCGGCUCAUCUUCAGGAAAAUUUAGAAGUCGAACUAGAUCAUUUUAAUGACCCCUAACAUUUAGAUUUUAUCUUAAGAAAUUCCUGAAGCAAACUGCCUUGAGUUCUGGCCAAUUGUCCCCUGCCUCUGUGCUAGGGAAUGAAAAACUGGGACAGUGGUCUCAAUAAUCAUUGGAACAGUCAUAGUAAGAAUAAUAGCAGUUAAUGAGAAAGCGAACCUUUGCAACUAAGCCUUGUUUAGACUCAAGUAAAAGUGGUUUGCAGGCUACUGCCUUACUUUGGCUCGUUCAACAGUCACUGAGUAAAUAUGGAGGCGCCCCUUUGUACGGAGCAGCGUGCUGAGGCCCGGGAGUUCAGCCGGUGUACUUGGGCACAUUAACCAACAGGAAAAUGUGCUUUCGAGGAAUAAUGCCAAGAGCGACCUAGAGUCAGCGAGCUGGUGCCCGACUCUGCCCCGCCGGCCUUGGGGUCCGGGCCGAGGGGCGGUCCCCGCAGCGCCGGCCUUCCAAGCCCCUCCCCGGGCUGAGCCGGGUCCGGGAGGCCCUUGGCACCGCCGCCCGAACGCAGCGCGCCCUGGGUGCCCCCCGGGGCCCCCUCCCUUGGGACGGGAGGCGGGAAAAAGGAGAGAAGCCGCAUAGUGAGCAGCACAUUCUGGCAGCAAGGCCUUCGCAGACGCCCAUGUGUGCUGCACAUUGGGCGGCCCCUGGGCUUUGAUGUCUUUUCCGGGGGAGACAUUCUCUCUGACCGCCUACGCCCUGCGGACGCGGAACCGGGGAGGCAGGCCCGGCGGGCCGGCCCUGGGGCCUCGCCGUCCCGGCCCCGAGCGCCCCGGGCCCCGCCUCCCGGUCCGCGCCCAGGCCCUGGCGUGCGGGCGGGCGGAGCCACCCGGACGAGCCCCGCGCGUGCCCGACAGCCCGGGGGUCGCGGGAGGCCCCGUCGGGGCGGGAGGCGGGCGUUGGUUCCGUGCGGAGGUCUGCGGCGCGCCCGCGGCCCCGAGGAAACACGCUCCGGCCCCUGCGCGGUUUAUUAGUCCCUCACGCGCCGGCUGCCACCCCCUCCUUCCCACGGCCUCCCUCCGCCCCGGGCAGCCCGGGCAGCGUGCUUCGCGGGGCCUUGGGUCCGCGGGGUCCUCCGGGGACCGGCGGCCCGCCGGGAGGACACUGGACGCAGGGCGGACGGGCGGCGCCAGUGCGGGCCCGGCUCUCGCGCGACGCGAGGCUUCGCCGACCUGGGCACCUCCCAAGAAGGCGGGGCGGGCUCCCCGCGAGAGCUCCCGCCGCUUCCGGGUCUCGGCAAGCGCUUCCGGGGUGCGCGCCACGCGGCGGAUCGGGCGGCGGCGGCAGUCGCAAAGGCUCGCGCGCGGAGAGAGCCGCCGUAGGGUGGCGGAUAGUGACGCAGGCGGGCCACGCCAGGGCCCCUCCAGUCAGUCACGCCAGCCCGGAGAAGGGCCUUCCGCGGCCUCCGCCCGCGCAUGGUCGUGGGUGCGGGCGGCCCGGAGCGAAUGCAGGUUUGCGCGCCCUGUCUGGGGAAGGGCCCUGCUUCCGGCUGUCUGAAAUGACUGAGCACAGUUCACCUGGCCCGCGAGGGUCGGGAAAGCAGCCCUCUCCCCGCUGGGGGGGUCAGCGCGGACCGCCGACGCCGAGGGCGGGGCAUCCCGCAGCCGUCGGCCCGGGUCGCGCGCGGGGUUAGACGUGGGAGCACGUCCUCCUGCGGUCACCUCGCGUGCGAGCCUGAAACUAUGCAGCAGGCCCAGGGUGCACACGUGGGCGCCUUUACCUGAAGUUGCUCCCUUCGGAGCGUCCGUUCUGCCAACCAGUAUCUAUUGUCUCAGCUCCUACUGUGUGUUAAGAUCUUUCUCAGGCCCUUUGGGGGAUACAAGGCCACAAAAGGCUACGUUGCUCCUCGUGAACCUGGCUCAGGACUGGGAAGUAGUGCGUUAGUGGAAUAAAGUGGGGGUGCCCAUUAAAAUUA